AUGGAUACCAUGAUCCCACAACGCCCCGUCCCACCAAAAGACACUCUCAAACAAUUCUACCUGCACAAAACCCUCUCUGAAGUCCCUAAGCCCGCCGCCGUCCUAGACCUAGCCAUCAUCAAACGCCACUGCAACUCAAUGCUCCAGACAAUCCAAACCCUAGGCGUAGGAUUUCGAGCCCACGUCAAAAGCCACAAAACAACCGAACUAUCCCGUCUCCAAGUUGGGACAUCAUCACCGGAAAUCAAUUUCGUGGCCUCCACAGUCCUAGAAAUUGAGAGUCUGGUUCCCUUGUUGAAAGAGUUCCAGUCCGAAGGCCGCAAAGUGAAUAUCCUAUAUGGGAUCCCACUCGUCCCAUCCCAGGUUUCCCGGUUGGCCCAUGCAGCGGCAGAACUUGGGCCGGACAGUGUCUUGGUGAUGAUUGAUCACCCGGACCAAAUCAAGUUUCUAGAUACCUUUGCCCGAAUUGCGGGGUUCGCGGCGGGGGUUUUUCUUAAGGUUGAUUGUGGGUAUCAUCGGGCUGGAUUGCCGCCGAAGGCGAUGGAUAAGGGGGGAUUGUUUUCGAAAUUGGAGGAGAUGGAGAAGACGGGAGCCGGGAGAUUGAUUGGGGUUUACUCACAUAGUAGUUUGAGUUAUGGGGGACGGAAUCGGGGGGAUGCACUCAGGCAUUUGAGGGGGGAGGUUGAGGCUUGCUUACUUGCUUUAGAUUCUUAUGCGGGGGCUUUGCCCGUGGAUAGGGAGUUGGUUGUCAGUGUGGGUGCGACGCCGCAGGUUGUUGCUGCGGAGUCUGUGGCCGAGGGAGAUGAUGCUGAGUUUGAGGAGCUGAGGAAGUUCCUAAAGGAACCAGAUACAGGGGCGUUCAAGGGACGGGUUAGGGUUGAGUUGCAUGCGGGCAAUUAUCCGUUGCUGGAUAUGCAGCAGAUGAGUACGAAUGCGGGGGGUGUACGCGAGAGGUUCUUUGAUGAGGUAGGUGCUUAUGUGGUGGCUGAGACUUGCAGUGUUUAUAAUGAUGGGGAGCGUGAGUAUCCGGAGGCGCUGGUCGCUGUGGGCACUUUGGGUAUGGGGCGUGAGCCUUGUCCAAGUUAUAAAGGAUGGGGGGUUGUUGGACCUUGGGGCUUGCCAGCCACCCAGCAGGGGGAUCGUUUGUUUAUUGAUCGGAUCAGUCAGGAGCACAGUAUUCUGAGGUGGGAAUCGGAGGAUGUUGCGAAGAAGAUCCCCCUGAGUGUUGGCCAGACUGUCAAGAUUUAUCCCAAUCAUGCAUGCAUAACGGGGGCGAUGUACGCGUGGUACUUGGUGGUCGACUCGAGUAGUGACCCCGAUGCUACAAAGAUAGUUGAUGUCUGGGUUAGGUGGCUGGGAUGGUGA